AUGCCAACUUCGGACACAGUCCAGUCGACGGCCCUGCCCUUCCUCGGUCGCGCACGUCGCCAACAUCAGGACUGGUUCGACGACGACGCCGCUAUCAGCAACCUGCUCGCCAAGAAGAACCUCCUGCGCAAAGCCUACGACAAUCGUCCCACCGACGUUAGCAAAGCAAAUUUCUACCGUAGUCGGCGCCUUGUGCAACGGCGGCUGCGGGAGAUGCAGGAGGCUUGGACUGCUCGCAAGGCCAAGGAGAGUAGAAGAGUAUGCGUACCGCAACGAAUAGAAGCACCCCAAAGCAACGUGAACGGCGCCCCAACUCCCAGUCGUGGACAACUUCACCUACUUGGGCAGAACGCUUUCCCGGAACACCAAAGUCAACGAUUAGGUGGCUCGCCGAACUUCCAACGCCAGUCAAGCCUUCGGCCGUCUGUAGAACACCGUCUGGAACAUCAUGGCCUUCAUCUGAACAUCAAGCUGAAGGUGUGUAAGGCAGUCAUCCGGCCGAUGCUAUUGUGCGAAGCGGAGACCUGGAGGGUGUACAUGAAGCAGGCACGUAGACUCAACUACUUUUACCUCAGAUGUCUUCUUCGCAUACCGAAGCUGAGUUGGCAGGACCGGGUCACAGAUACGGACGUACCAGAGCGGACGGGAAUCCUCAGCAUCUACGCUUUGCUGAGACAACUACAACUACGCUGGAGCGGCCACCUCCUAAGGAUGGACGACGACAGGCCACCCAAACGACUCUUCUAUGGAGAUCUUGCGAGGGGUUCACGACGACAAGGAGGUCAAUUUCAGCGAUACAAGGAUACUCUGAAAACCUCCCUGAAGCGCCUGCAGAUCAACCUAUCAAACUGGGUAGGCCUCGCCCGGGACUGA